AUGCUGAAACUGGGUAAUAAAUCUCCUAAUGGAAUAAGUGAUUAUCCAAAGAUCAGAGUGACAGUAACUCGAGAUCACCCUCGCAGAGUCCUACCUUCCUUUGGUUUUACUUUGAACUCAGAAGGCUAUAAUAGAAGACUAAGUGGCCGUCGCCAUAGCAAAGGCAAUCCAGAGAGUUCCUUAAUGUGGAAACCUCAGGAACAGGUGGUAACAGAGAUGAUGAUUGAAGAGGGUGGCAAGGGUCUGAGGCUUCCCCAUUGUACUGUGGAGGAGGGUGUUCAAAAAGAGGAACGAGAGAAGUACCGAAGGUUAUUGGAGCGACUUAAAGAAGGUGUUCAUGGAAGCUCUGUUCCUCCUGUCACUUCAACUCAUCAUAGUUCUCAAAGAUGUCACAUGGAUACAUUAAAGACCAAAGGCUUGGGGGAAGAGCAAAGUCAUGGAAUCAGACCAACUCAAUUUGUUCCAAAACCAUAUAGAGCUGCUGAAACAAGGGGACCUCUAUGUCCAAUGAGGAGUGAAAAGAGGUGUUCCAAGAGGAUAAUUUCAGAUAUAGAAAAGACAGUUGGAAUUAGACUUGAAAAUGAAAAUAGGAGGGGACACCAGUUGGAACCUGACCUGUCUGAAAAAGUGUCAGCCCGACUCUGCCUGGGCAGUGGGAGCAAUGGCUUAUUCAGGAGGAAAAUCUCAACACUUGACACAAAAGAAAAAAGUUGCUCAGGCAAAGAGAGAGAUAAAAGAACAGAUGAUCUUCUUGAACUUACAGAGGACAUGGAAAAGGAAAUCAGUAACGCCCUAGGCCAUGGCCCACAGGAUGAGAUCCUAAGUAGUGCUUUCAAAUUGCGCAUCACUCGAGGGGAUAUCCAGACCCUGAGGAACUUUCACUGGAUCAAUGAUGAAGUCAUUAAUUUUUACAUGAAUCUUCUCAUGGAAAGAAAUAAAAAACAAGGCUAUCCAGUACUUCAUGCAUUCAGUACUUUCUUCUAUCCCAAAUUAAAGUCUGGGGGUUACCAAGCAGUGAAAAGAUGGACCAAAGCGGUCAAUCUCUUUGAACAGGAACUAGUUCUGGUGCCUAUUCAUCGGAGCCUGGUGGUGAUAGACCUAAGAAAAAAAUGUCUUAAAUAUCUGGAUUCUAUGGGACAGAAGGGCAACAGGAUCUGUGAAAUUCUCCUUCAGUAUUUGCAGGAUGAAAGUAAGACCAAAAGAAAUGUUGACCUGAAUCUUUUAGAGUAG